GAGUGAACCUGACUCAGAAGACCAGCCCCCUUGCCAUCCUCGUGCUGCCUCAGGCUAUAGAAAAGGAGGCCACGCGGAUCUCCAGGAUCAAUGGGCUCGUUCGAUCGGAGUAGUAAUUAAGCCAGAAGUUGACCAAGGAGCUCUGUAUCAAGAGGCGCGCGCGGAUCUCCUGUACCAAGGCUCUACCAAGUACUAUACGCUGUUGUUGGUCAGCCAGCUCUCCUUCCGGUUCCGGCACGGCCAAUUCCAAAAUGGAGAUGGUGAGAGCAUGCAUGCGGCCUGCCGCCUCCGCGUCCUCGGGGCCCCGCGUGCUCGUGCUCGGCGGGACUGGCCGUGUCGGCGGCUCAACGGCCACCGCGCUCUCCCAGCUCCGGCCCGACCUCAACAUCCUCAUCGGCGGAAGGAACCGGGAGAAAGGUAUGCCGCUGGUAUCUAAGCUUGGACAGCGAUCUGAGUUCAUCCACGUUGAUAUUCGCAAUUCAAGCAGGCUGAAAGAGGUGUUGGAGGGUGUGGAUUUGGUGGUUCAUGCCGCUGGACCAUUCCAGAGGGAUGACAAAUGCACAGUCCUGCAGGCAGCAACAUUUACCAAGACAAGGUACACUGAUAUCUGCGAUGGAGUGGACUAUUCAUGGAGGGCAAAAUCUUUCCAUGAACAAGCAAAAGCUUCCGGCGUCCCAGCUCUCAUAACUGCAGGGAUAUCUCCUGGAGUGAGCAAUGUGAUGGCAGCUGAGCUUGUACGUACUGCAAAAGGCGAGAGUGGUGGUGAACCAGAAACACUGAGAUUCUUCUAUUACAUUGCAGGUACAGGUGGUGCAGGCCCAACUACGUUGGGCACAAGCUUGUUACUUCUUGGGGAGGAUGUAAUUGCCUAUGAUAAAGGGAGCGAAAUCAAACUAAAACCCUACAGUGGAGCUCGCAACAUUGAUUUUGGAAAAGGGAUUGGGAAGAAAUAUGUUUACUUGAUGAACUUACCGGAGGUGAAGAGCACACACAAAAAUUUAGGUCUGCCAACUGUUCAUGCUCUAUUUGGUUCAGAUCCUUUCAUCUGGAAUUGGGGAAUGGAAACGUUCGCAAACUUCUUGCCUUCUGACCUUUUAAGAGAUAAAAAUGUCACUCUAAAGUUUGCUGAGUGUGUUGACCCUUUCAUCCGAGUUAUUGAUGGGAUUGUAGGAGAGCGUGUCGCCAUGAGAAUUGAUCUCGAAAGUUCAAACGGGCACACCACUACUGGAUUAUUUGCUCACAACAAUCUAUCCGUAUCCGUGGGCUAUGCAGCGGCCGCAUUUGCUCUAGCAGUUCUAGAAGGCAGCACAAAGCCAGGGGUUUGGUUUCCAGAAGAGCCAGAGGGAAUAGCUAUUGAUGCAAGGAAGCUCUUGCUCCGACGGGCAUCUCGAGGAGUAACGAACUUCACAAUGAACAAGAAUUCCGGGAUGAUAGAAUGCUGAUCAUAUGGAAAUGAAUCCCCGGGUGAUAGAAUGCUGAUCAUAUGGAAAUUGACGAUGGAAGUUAUAGCUUCAUCAAACUAUUGUACUCUUCCCCCGUAAUCCCCCCUCUCCCUCAAUGUAACUCUGAACUAUAUUCUGGGCUAUUCGGUUGGUAAUAAAGUUCAGGCAGGCGUAAGCCCGCCGUUGAAGCAUAAAAAAAGCAAUGGAAGUUAUGCCUGAGAACAAAA